AUGCCUAUGUGCAAACUCAAAGAUGCUGAUGCCUUGUGGGAAGCAGUACAACAUCACCAUCAGCAGCAGCUGCUACAACAUCAGCAGCAAAUGUUGAGUUUACAGCAAAAUUGUGUUCACUGCAAGCAAGCAAAACAUGGCCAGCAAUGCCCGUUUCAGCCAAAAUUGGAUCCAGAAUUAUCUCGACAACUUGAUGCUGAGCUGGCAAAGUCUGGUUUAUUGCCAGGUGGGGCUGGAGAUUGUGGUGCAGAUUCUGUGGCUGGUUUGGGAGAUGCAGCUGAUGACAGGGGUAGUAGUGACAGUGGUGGCAGUGUCAACCCAAGCAUGUGUGCCACAUGUCAGUGUCAUGCUUGUCUUAAGCAGAGUGGGCAUGUCAUCUCUGCAUCGUUACCCCUGCAGAUACCAGAGUCGCCUCCACCAGCUGAACUGCAUCUCUACCCCCACAUCCACGGGCUUUCACAGAAUCAUCCACAGCAUUAUAUGUUGGACCUUCCUUCGCCACUUUUGCCCCCUCUCAAACUUCCUUUCAAAUUAGAUUUUGAUGCCCACACUGGAAUGCAAGACCACCUCUCCUAUACAUACAGUGAUUGGGACAACACAGUGCAACCACGCCCGGGAUCUUUGGCGGCCCAGCACCAUCACCAGCAUCAUCAGCGUCUGUCCGCCCUGAGCUCAGACCUUUUACCACCGCCACUAGUCACCUCUGUGGCCCCCUUCACUUUUGAUCUGGCCUCCCACUUGGCUACCCAUACCACGCACACCUCCACUACAAAUACCACAAGUGCUUUCAAAUCGGUAGCAGGCAAGCCUCUGAUUUCCUCCAUUCUUCCUACUGUUAGCAAUGUAAACCACAUCCUUUCUGAUGGGAGUUCUGUUGAUCCUUUAAGGCCGGUAGAUUUCACAUCUCAUUCAAAAAUUCCCCAGUCAUGUUUGAACUUAAACUCUGUUUCUUCUUCUGCAUUUUCUUCCCUAUCAUUUUCUUGCCCCACUACAUCUGCACCUUCCUCCUCCAUACCUGGUUUGCCAAUGACAUCUCUGACAUCUAAAUCAAAUGGCUCUUGCCAUGGCCCUCCCUGUUCGCGGCCAGCACCAGUUGGCGGUAACACUUCAUCGAGCAAGUGGGAAAGGAAUCAGCACUGUAGAAAAUUCAGUGCUGGGAACAAACCAGUGGUGGGAGUUCCGAACCAGAACCCUCAGCACAGCAUGGGAGCCCUUCCUCUUACUGGUAGUUUGCAAGGGCCACCUUUACCUACCUCACCAUCUGUGUUGAAGAAUUUAAAUUUUACCUCUAAGCACAACACCCAAACAUGUUCUCAUCCUCUGAUAUCAAGGCCAGGGCUUUCUCCCCAUCCAGCCCCUGGUGCCCCAACCACAACUUUCCCCCCCACAACAGGCGGCACUGGUAUCUCCCUGUCAUGUAGCAACAGCUCGCCACCCAUGGUCAACAAUGUCGGAGUGGGAACAUCCAGCCCGUGUCAUGAGCCGGAAUGUAAUGCCCACCACCAUGAUGACAACUGUGACAGUGUUGAUGACAGCUGCUCAGAAAAGAGCUCCAGCACAUCUACUUCCAACCAGAAGGAAGGGAAGUACUGUGACUGCUGCUACUGUGAAUUUUUUGGACACAGCAAUACUCAGGUUGCCAAAACAAGCACAAACUAUAUAGAAAUGAAGGACAGGUUGAGAAAGAAAUUAAAAAAGCGGUCGGAGAGCAAGCACAAGCAGGGGACUCCAAAGAAUGGGUUCAUACUGGAUGGGGAAAAGGAAGAGCUUGAUCCACUGGAAAAGAAAGGUUUGGAUGGUCUGCUUAGCUUCAUUAAUGGAACAGACAAGGAGGGUCACAGGAAGGAUAUUGAGAAGGAGCUGACAGCAAAAGCUGCUAAACGGGCACGGCAGAAACAGAAAAAGUUAGAAGAGAAAGCAAGACAAGCAAAGAGCACCUCACCAACUGACAAACACAUUCAGCCAGAACCAGAGAGCACCUUACGACAGCUGCUCCUGAAUCAGACCCUUAAUGCAGGAAGUCAGUCUGGCCUUGAUUUCAAACUGAGCAUGAUGAAACCAAAGUCUCAGAGAGCCCGCUCAGCUUCAGGGAAGAAUAACUCGCAUGAAGAGCUGGUUGUGAAAGAUGCUGGCCCAUCCAUGUUGAAGCAGGAAAUCAAUAGGUCUUCCUUAAUUAUAGAAUCUACCCGUCCCACCAUUUCCUUAUCGCCAAAAAAUGUAGAUAAGUUUACUAGCUCCCAGCAAAGGUUACUGGCGGGAAAUAGUGAAUCAUCUCAACACAUGCUGCACUUCUUAAAUGCUUUGCAACAGCAAAGGCACAAUCACCAGAAUAAAAACAAAUCUGCAAAUCCAUCUUCCAUAAAUAAUUCAAAAGGUGCAUCGGCUGCUCAGUUAAAAUGUGAUGGAACAGUCAAUAGAGCUUUCUCUGCUAAAUCUAGUAGUGAGCCUAAUAAAGUCAAUGGUGUGGCUAAACAGCAGAAUGAUUGUCAUCAUCAGCUGCAGCAAAAUCCCCAGAAUCAGAAACAGCAGCAACUAAAUAAGAUAAUGAAUGGUAAGAUAGCAACGUCAUCAUCAUCAUCAUCUCAGUCAACAGGAGCUAGUAAUCAUGUAGCAACCAGCGAUGCUGAUUGGCCCAGCCAGCCUGAGCCUCAUGUUUAUGUGAAUGGACGCUCAGGCAAACAUGAGGGAGUUGGCAACACAUUAUCCACACCUGUUACAACUACUGUCGCUUCCAACGGCAAGAAUCCUUCAGUUGAUAGCCCUAAUGCAGGAUGUGGUAAUUCAGCUUCACAGUCGCCCUCAUGUGGAACAAAGCUUGCACCAGAACAGGGGAAAACAAAUGGCAAAUCCAAGAAAAACAAGAAAAAGAACAAGAAUGGCACUGUCAGAGGAGUUGAUGAGAUUUUUAUGCCAAAGUCUGAGUCAGAGUUGGAUGGAGAUGUCGAUGAUUUUGAAAGAGAGUUAGAGGAAUUUAAACGGUUUUGCUUUGAACCAGCGGAACCAAAAGAGAGGAGAAAAAUUUCAGUCAAUGUGAAUCUGAAAGAUAUUUUCAAGAAAAAAACAGGCUUGGUGUAG